CUUCGCCGAAAGUACAAAAACGUUCUCAAAACGUUGCCUACACCAGAACAACCAGUGGCGCCCCGAAUUGGACGAGACUUGAAAUUCUCACCCGUGGAGUAUUUACGUGACCUCUAAGCUCGGCACAUUCCUUAAAAUUGUUACUCAACCUGGGACCUACGCCCUUAGAGUUGUAACUUGACGGUGACAUGGAAGGCGCUUCUACCUUAUGAAAUAAAGCCUCAUGUUUGCCUAGAGCCCGCAAAGCGGGCUACGGAGACUAGUUAUGGAAUAAAUGAUCGCAGGAUAUUUUCGCGCGAAAAUCACGUGCCCACUUGAUUACAUUGGGAGCGGGGUGAAAUUCAAUUUAAACCUGCGAUCAGUUAUUCCUUACUGCCCAAUACACGCCACCACUAUUCUGUUUUUUACACAGAUUCUAACGAGUCAAGGAACUUCAUGAAUUUUGCGGCAUUUAAUGGCUUUAAAGCUGUUCAAAGAUAUAACAGAGGUACCCUCGCGGACGAAAUUUUUGGCCGGGCAGGGAUAAAGAUUGUGACCACCUCUGCAGCUGCUGAACUAGAUGUAGAAGGUGUCCAGAUAAUAGCAUCUGGGAAAACGUCGAGAACCGUUAUUGGAACAGUAAAGUCAGGGGCCCCAAACAGCAUUCGUGAGCCGUCCUUGCUGGCAAUAGAUAAUUUUUUCUUUCGUGGAGGAGUCGAAUUAAACCACCAGCUAUACUUUUUCCACUCUUUUACCAAAUUUCCACCGCUCGACCAAGUAAUUCAAAUAUUGACAAAAGAGACCGAUUUCAAACUAUUAGAACUAAAAAUGUCUGACGCGUAUCAGAAUGUUAGCCAGAACAUGAUUGUUUUGAGGGGUCUGUCGGAAAACAAUAACAAGGGCAUGCUGGGAAAAGAACAUUUCCUGGAAUUAAGUGGAAUCACCAUGUUGGGAGGGGUAAACCUGCAUUGA